AUGCCUACAUUCCGUAUUCUGAUUGAAAUAGCAUCUCAGUCUAUUCCUACAUCGCUAUACACACCUGUUGCGAAAAAUUUCUAUAGAACUCCAAAGCCUAAACCCGAGUUUUAUCGGAGAGUCCUGCCAGAUGGUUGUAUUUCCUUUUCGUCCACAGAAGGUAAAGAGAUCUUCAAGGAGGCUCUCGUGACGGGUCACAUGUGUUGCUAUUUCAAAAUGGCGGCACAGUUUAGCACUCAGACAGAACCAGCUUUUUGUGGACUCACGACUCUUGUCAUGAUUCUGAACGCUCUCGAGAUAGAUCCGGGGAAAAUAUGGAAGGCGCCCUGGCGAUGGUACCAUGAGGACAUGCUAGAAUGCUGUGUAUCUUUACAGGAGAUGAAAGAAAAAGGAAUAACCUAUGAUCAGUUCGUUUGUCUGGCUGCUUGUAAUUCCCUUGAAGCAGAAUCAACAAGGAUCGACGAUUCCGCAUCACUGGAAACAUUUCGAGAUCACGUGAUCAGGCUAAGUAGACAAGAUGACCGAUUCAUCGCCUUAUCCUAUAGCAGAAAGACCCUUGGUCAAACCGGGGACGGUCACUUUUCUCCCGUUGGAGGUUAUCAUCCUGACAGAGACCUGGUGUUGGUGAUGGAUACGGCCCGGUUCAAGUACCCUCCACACUGGGUUCCACUUGCUAAUAUUUGGGAAGCCAUGAAGCCUUUCGAUAAAAGCACGGGAAAGUCUAGAGGAUAUUGCAUUUUGUCAAAAAAUCACAAGGAUGGUUCAAACUGUCGAAUUCAUUCAAUGUCUUCCUAUCAUGCGUUUGAGCCAGUGGUGUUAAUUCUUGACAAAGGACGUGACAGCUAUGCAAGUAGGGCAUACAGAUGAAAGAAAACUUUCUGACGGUGUGACCGAGUUGCUCCUUCGUUGCGGAAACACACUGGAUACAUUACACAGGAUGAAUGCAUUCAGACUAUAUAUAUUCAUUGAUUGUGCGAAUUUUCAUCCGACAACCAUACACUGAAAGAUAUGUUGUUGCAAUUACUGAAAUGUCAGUAUUGCCCAGAGCGUUUUACAGAACAGCACAUGUUUCCUGUUUAGAUAUCGGAGGUGCAAUUGAAAUCAGACGAAGGGAUGAUGUGGGAUAUCCUCUUCCAGUAGUAUACUGAUGCCACUGUUUCUGGCGCAUUCUAUAACAGACUUUAUUCUGUGUUACCGUAAGAACUGUUCAAUGUCACUGGAACAGUGACAGUUGGAGACAAGAUGGCUACAUUCCUCACUAAAAUGAUUAUAAACACAAGCUCAAUGGAAGAAAUCUCAGCUCAAAAGACAACUCACAGUGUCGUUGAAGAUACGUUCGGCAAAUGUGCGUCAGUGUAACCUAACUACUUUGUGUAGCAAACUGUGUGUGACCACCGUACAGUGGGAACAAAUAAUCACCGCCAUGAUGGAAAAAGUAUCAACCGUUCGAUCGACUUCCAAAAAUAACAUUUAUAUCGGAAAUAUUUACAGAAAUGAGUACACACAAGUUAAUGGCGAUAUGAAUCAAGAAAUAGAUAGAAUACUAUGCCGAGUAUUGAUUGAAACUGAACCAUGCAGCUGUUUCGUCAUUGAUAGUCUCAUUAAUUUUAAAAGAUCGUCAAAUUAGUAUGUUUAUGAACCGUUGGUAUUAUAUUUAGUGACCUGCUGGUAAAAUCUCCUUUAGUUGCUUUAAAGGGUAGUAAUGGUCAACUACUUUACUUCUAUGUGACGUACUUGCAUUUAAUCCAGUUUAAUUAAGUUGAUUAUAGUGAUUGGUUCAAUAAGUUUAUAAAAUAUGAAUACAAAACAAAGACAUCAUAAAUAGGUUUGAUUGGAUUUAUUAGUCACAACUUUACUAGAAUUGGCAGUCGUCCCAGCAUGGGUAUAAAUGACAUGCCACAAAUCAAUAAUACAAACAAUGAUAAUUAACGGUUUCUGGGUGUACAGCUCC